CCCUCCAUUCCCAGCCUUUGACCUCAGUGCAAUUCCAUUUUGCUGUUUAGGAGAUGCUGAGCAAAGAUGAGAAAGGCUGGGUCGUGUUUGCUGUGCUGCUCUGUCUGGCUGGCUCCUGCCUGGUGAUUCUGGGCUGGUAUCACCUCCAGAGCCUGUGGGGGAAUCCCUGGAGCUCUGGUGACAAUUCUCAGCAGGGGCACUCAGGCACUUCUGUGGCUUUGACUGCCUCUCUGACCUCUUUUUUGUUGUGGCAUCCUCUGGGCAGUGUGAACGUGGAUUUUCCACACCUGUUCUUCCCUCAUGCAGGCUGCCCCCCAAAAUGGAAAAAACAUGGGAGAAAAUGCUACUUCUUUUCUCCAGAAAUGAAACUGAAGGACUGGAAUGCCUCCAGGGAUGAAUGCGCUGCCCUGGGCUCAGAGCUGGUGAUCAUUGACAGCACGGAAGAGCUGAAUUACCUUCUCUCACGAUCAAAACAUAAUUACUACUUACUGGGUCUCAGAUUCUCUCAAGAGGAGAAGAAGUGGAAGUGGCCCAACAACGUGGAACAUGACCCAGCCAUGUUUAAUAUAACUGGAAAAUAUCGCGACUAUCUCUGCACGGCCAUUGGAUUUGAUCAAGUACACACUGCACCUUGUUAUGGAUCCCCAACAACACAAAAUAUGUGUGAAAAAGCUGCAACAGUUUCAGCCAGGCUUCAGAAGGAGAGCUAAGAACAAGAGGUCCAGGCUGGAAUGUUAUCCCUGGUUUCCUGUAGGAAGUGUGGAUGGGAUGUGUCUCAUUUCUCUUUAACUACCCAAUCUCUGCUCCCAGGGUCUCCUGCAGCCUCCCUUCAGACACGUGGCCGAGCUCAGCCCACCCUUUCCCCGAUGCUGUCUGAGCCUGGAUGGAUCCCCCCUGGAGGAGCUGGCACUGGCACACAGGAGGAUCUGGGACAGACUCGUGCCAGAGGUGGCACUUCAAGGCAGGCACUGCCCGGGGAGAGGAGUCCAGCCUGGGGACGGGGUGAUCCCAAAGAGAUCCUGUCUCUCCCAGACACAUCCAUCCACAGCCCUGUGUUCCCAGCCCUGCCUGGGCACAAGGAGACCCUUCCCAGCCUGGCCACAGCCUGGCCUCACCUGCAGCCACAAGGGAAGGGCAGCACAGAUUUCCGGUUGGAUCCUGUAGGAAAGGGCAACCCCACACCAUUGCCAGGUCUCAUGGGCAGGAUGGACAGGACAAGUCAGGUGUGGGUGUGGAUAAACCUUCCCCUGCCCCUGACUGUCUGUUCCAAGAGCACACAGGAUCCCAGAGCCUGUGGGGGGAAUGGGAAUCAGCACAAGGGAAAAGAUCCUACAGCAGCACAGCUCUGGGCAUAAAAUCAGCCCCAGUCCUGUGUAGGGUGGGGAAGGAGUAUCAGAUUUAGGAUCUGCUUGGGAAGGGCACGAGAGGAUGGAGCCCAGCAGAGACCAGCAAGGCCUGAAGAACAGAGUCCCAGCAGAAGCUGAAGUGGGCA